AUGGCCUCCGAGGAGCUGUACGAGGUUGAAAGAAUCAUUGACAAAAGGAAGAACAAAAAAGGGAAGACGGAAUAUUUGGUCCAGUGGAAGGGUUACGACAGCGAGGACGACACCUGGGAACCAGAGCAGAACCUGGUAAACUGCGAGGAGUACAUCCACGACUUCAACAGGCGCCACACCGAGAAGCAGAGGGAGGGCCCCUUCACCAGGGCCAACCGGGCCUCCCCGAACAACGCUAGGAAGCAGAUUUCCAGGUCCACCAACAGCAGCUUUUCCAAGGCCUCUCCUGAAUCGCUAGUGGUUGGCAAAGAGCACGAGCCCAAGGCCAGCCCGCUGUUUGCUGCCAGCCAGAAGUUCAGGAAGGACCCAGCCCCGUCCCUCUUGAACCGGAAGAACAUGGACCUGGCCAAGUCAGGUAUAAAGAUCCUCGUGCCCAAGAGCCCCAUCAAGAGCAGGAGCGCGGUGGACGGCUUUCAGAGCAAGAGCACCGAGAAACUGGACCCCGUCGAGCAGGGGCAGGAGGACACGGUGGUGCCGGAGGCGGCGGCCAAAAAGCCCGUAGGAGCUCUGUUGGGCCCCGUUGCCGAGCGUGCGCAGAUGGGGAGCUGGCCCCUGAUACACCCGCUGGUGCCGCAGGUGUCCGGCCCUGUGACCGCGGCUAUGGCCACAGGGCUAGCCGUGAACGGGAAAGGUUCCUCCCCAUUCAUGGACGUGCUGAACGGGAAAGUUUCCUCCCCAUUCAUGGACGUGCUGACGGCCAACGGGAUGACCAACCUGCAGACGUCAGUCACGGGCGUGACGGCCGAGAAGAGGAAAUUCAUCGAUGACAGACAAAACCAGCCCUUCGACAAGCGGCUGCGUUUCAGCGUGAGGCAGACGGAAAGCGCCUACAGGUACAGGGACAUUGUCGUCCGGAAGCAGGACGGCUUCACCCACAUCCUGCUGUCCACGAAGUCAUCUGAGAACAACUCUCUGAACCCAGAGGUGAUGAAGGAAGUGCAGAGCGCCCUGAGCACGGCCGCUGCUGACAACAAGCUGGUGCUGUUCAGCGCCGUGGGCAGCGUCUUCUGCUGCGGCCUUGACUUCAUCUACUCCAUCCGGCGCCUGACCAACGACCGGAAGAGAGAGAGCACGAAGAUGGCCGAGGCCAUCAGAAACUUUGUGAAUACUUUCAUUCAGUUUAAGAAGCUUAUUAUUGUAGCCGUAAAUGGCCCAGCCAUUGGACUAGGAGCAUCCAUCCUGCCUCUCUGUGACGUAGUUUGGGCCAAUGAGAAGGCUUGGUUCCAAACACCCUACACUGCCUUUGGACAGAGUCCAGAUGGCUGUUCCACCGUGAUGUUUCCCAAGAUUAUGGGAGGAGCAUAUGCGAAUGAAAUGCUGCUCAGUGGACGGAAGCUGACGGCGCAGGAGGCGUGCGGCAGGGGCCUGGUCUCCCAGGUGUUCUGCUCUGGGACCUUCACCCAGGAAGUCAUGGUCCGCAUUAAGGAGCUCGCCUCCUGUAACCCGGUCGUGCUCGAGGAAUCCAAGGCCCUGGUGCGCUGCAACAUGAAGCUGGAGCUGGAGCAGGCCAACGAGCGGGAGUGCGAGGUGCUGAAGAAGAUCUGGGGCUCAGCCCAGGGCAUGGACUCCAUGUUCAAGUACCUGCAGAGGAAGAUCGACGAGUUCUGA